ACUACUAGUAGAGCCUGGAUUGGUGCCUACACAGACUGGCGAUGGUCAGAUGGUGCUUUAGUCACAUUCAACAAGUUAACAUGUUAUGAUCAUGUGUGGUGCGCUGACAUGAAAGCUGAUAAAAACUGGGAAUGUAUUCAAUGUAAUAAUGACAAGCACUUUAUGUGUUAUGAUGCAGAUGAUAGUGAAUUGUCAUACAACUACACAUUAAUCCUUCAAAGCAAAACCUGGUUUGAGGCUCAGGAGUACUGCAGAGAGAAUCACACUGAUUUAGUCAGUAUCAGAAAUGAAUUUGAGAAUGAACUGGUGUAUAAUGCAGGAAUAAAGAGUAUAGAUCCAUUCUGGAUUGGCCUCACGCAUUAUAAAUCAAUACAACUGUCAUGGUUUGAUGGAGGACAGUCUGACUACAGUAACUUUACAAAUGAGAAUGAUACGAUUUUUACUUAUCUUAAUGAUGAUGGGUCCUGGACCCAAAGUAACACACCUGAGAAUGCAUCUGCUCUGUGCUACGAAAGUUUUGUUUAUGUGAGUAAAUAUAAAAGGUCCUGGAAGGACGCUCUUGAUUACUGCAAUAGCAAUGCUUCUGGACUACUGCAAAUCAAAUCAGAGAAGGAUCAGAUAGAAACAGAGCGAGCAUUACGAAGAAAGAAGAUUUCAGGUUCAGUGUGGAUCGGGCUUAGACAAAGUCGACUUUUUGGUUUCUGGAUUUGGGUCAAUGGACUCCAUGUUGGACCCUGGACCAACUGGAAAGGAGGACAUCAACCAGAACAUCAGACAUCUCAAUACUGUGGUGCCAUGGAGAAGGUGAACGGGACAUUCAAGUGGUCUGAUAAAGACUGCAGAUCUAAAUUAAAAUUUUUAUGUGAAAGAAGGUAAAUUAUAAUUGUGUUAUCUACAUUAUUUUACUAUGCCUUAGUUUAUCCUUUCUGUUUUCUUAUUUUUAGUUAUUGAGUGAAGGUGAC